AUGGCGAAGGGAGAAUCGAUCGAGGCGCUACUAUCACCCCAGCUUCGUGUCUCAAGACCGGUCGCUGCAUGUUCGAGAUGUAAAUCAGCGAAGAUCAGAUGCGAUGGAACGCUUCCUGCUUGCACAGCUUGUGAACGUGCGGGUAAGGCCGACAGUUGUUCCGGGGCGAAUGAUGAGUUUGCGAAAGGAAAAGAGAGGAGCUAUGUUGCUGCCCUGGAGGCUACUUUGGAAAAACUGCAGAGGCGUGUGGCCGAGACCAAAACCUUGCAGGCCACUGACCCGAGUCGACGAGAUGCAGUGGCGGCGUCUCACAUGCUUGACCCUGGUCAUACUUUUCCGGCUCGACGGAUAGCAUCCAGUGGUCGAGUGCAUCGUAAGGAGGCAUCGGAUGUUGACAACUUGGUAGGAGAUUUUGGCUUUCUUUCUGUCAAUGCUACCUCCAGAGAUUUCCACGGCUUUACUGCAACCACGUCCUUUGCUCGGCUUUUGCUGGCUGUCUCGCAGACUGGGGACCCUGGACAUGCUGACCCAGAAACUCUGCCAGCUCGCCACUUGAUUACACCAAUCAUUCACCACUACCUGGAUAAAAUGUUUGUGCUUAUGCCGUUCUUCUCUGAAACAGACUUCAUAGCUUCUGUCUCUGCCGUUUAUGCUGAUGCUGGACGGCGUGCCAAACCUAUGGACAAGUGGAUGGUUCGAAUGGUUCUGGCAAUAGUAGCUGCCGACCGGUCUAGAGACAAGGGUGAUGGUUAUUGGCGAACCGCACAAGAACACGUCUCUGUAGCUCUUGAAUACGCCGACGAGGUGCUACAUCCUGGCUCAGUUGCAGGCAUACAAGCCAUCCUACUUCUCGUUCAAUAUUCGAUGCUGGAUCCAGACAUGUUUUCAUGUUGGCAUUUGAUCGGCUUCGCUUCACGCGUUAUGGUUGAUCUUGGUUUGCAUAACGAACCAGCCGCCGAGAUUCGCAUGAGCAAAGACGAAAUCGAGAUGCGGCGGCGAGUAUUCUAUUGUGUCUAUACCCUCGACCGCAGUAUUAGCAUGGCCUUUGAUCGAGCCUUCUCUUUCACGGAUGAUUCCGCUUCUGUCAACCUUCCAGUAGUUGCUGGUUCAACCGGAUUGCCAGAACCCAGUGUAAACGAGACACCACAACUCUUCCUGAGGUCUUUGCAACCAUCAUCGUACCUUUUCAACAUACGACGAAUACAGUCUUCGUUAUAUCAAGGGACCCGUAUGUCCAAACGUUUGGAAUGGCCCAGCGCGGCAAGCUCAGAGUACACCAAGUGUGUGCUGAAUGACAUACGGUCUUGGGCCUCUAGCAUUCCUAAGACUUUGUCGACCAACCAUACUUUCUUAUUCCACCUAGAAUCACUUUAUUCUCAGAUCAUCGCCCUUGCUCCCUCUUGCCGCAAUCCGAGCAUUCCUGAACUUUCGAAGAUUUUGAUAUUCGAGUAUGCGAUUCAAUACACCGACCUAUUACACCCGAUAACGCGAGAACACAAGCGAGAACACAACUGGCACAGUUUGUUCACAUUGAUUGACAUUCACCGUACCAACUUUAUCGGUCGUCACUUCUUGGAUGUAUUGUCGACAAGCUUUGAUAGUAUACUUUCUGGUAUAAAGCCACGCGAAACAACACAGUCGUCCCCAGAAGCCAACGACUCAGACUUAGAUACUUCGCCUUCACCAUCGUCAGAUGUCUCCCAUUCCGCCUCUCCUCUCGAGAACUCCGCGCGUGCUAUUAGCUGUCUAGCUAAAAUCAUUGACAUUUUGGCAUAUGCGGAGAGACGCUUUGGCGGCACCUACGGCUUUCCCAGAAGAUUUUUCGAGCGCGAAUCCGCAGAGCUUACGGAUCAAUUGAAGCUGAAACAGCAGGAGCUGGGAACAGUCCAAUACAUCACGGGUGGACCACCAGGACCCUCAGAGCCACGAGUACCACCGCAGCCACAGCAGCUACAAGCACAAGCCGAACCCCAAGAAAUAAAUCCUAUGUUACAUCCCAUAGGUAUGGAACCUGUGGUUCCAUUUCCGCCGGGCCCAGCCGUCAGAGCUGGUGCCCAUGACUCCGACAUCGGAGCGGCGCGGGCAUCGUACCAUUUACCACAAGUACCACCCCUUCUCUCUGUCCCUGGACCCCAGCCUCGAUAUCUGACCUUUCAGCAGGCUUUGCCGUUGGAGACGAGAGUCGAGGAAUCACCGUCGGGAUGGUUCCUCAGUAACGGGUCACCUGGUAAUUAUGGACCUUUGGGACCAUAUACGGUCUAUGUACCGCCGGCGAAUCAGCCCGGAAACUUUCUGCCUCCGCCCCCAGAAACGAACCUGCUGCCCACAGACUAUCAGGGUCCGUGGACGGGUAACACAUCUAUGUCGACUGGUGGACAGGGAUCGGAGCCAGGACAGAGCAUUGGAAGUAGCCAGUGUGGAGGUUGA